UGUACGUUCCUCACAUAUUUGUUGGACGUAGCCUACCUGACGAACAGGUGCGUCCACGUCCCCCCCUUUUUUAAUAGGAACGUUACGCCUGCUGAUUGGAUCGUCACAUGGGUGAAACCGGCCGAAAAUUAUGCCCGUGUCUUCAGACGUUAUGGGAAAAAUGUUUUAGAAAGUCAGGCGACAGUUCUGGUAAAGUUGCAGACGACUCAGACUCCCAAACAAAAAGUUCGAAGAAUUCGCCAAAAACUUCCGCGCGGUGCGCGACGCACUCCCACAGUGGAACUUCCCAAGCAAGUCAAGAUGGGAUUUACCGGGCACGCUGGUCUUUUGAGGCGCGCGCUGACGAUGAACUGUCAUUCGAUGCGGGUGAUAUGUUCAGAGUUGUCAAUCGCACGGGGGAUUGGUGGACUGCCCGAAAGAUUGACAGGAGUGGGCGCACAGUGGCAACGGGCAUUGUGCCAUUCAAUUACAUAGUAUGUGAAGAGGCCGAUGGCGCAGACUCGUGGUUCUUUGGGAAGAUGAGCCGUUUUGAAGCACUUAGCCACCUCAUGUCUUCUCAGAACCAUGAAGGAGCUUUCCUCAUUCGGCUCAGCGAGAAUGACAAUGUUGGCCAUGUACUUUCAGUCAAAGUGGAGAACCGUGCAAGGCAUUUCAAGAUCUAUCAGAUGGAUGGACAGUACUACGUGGAUCAGUCCAAAUGCUUUGCCAGCCUGGCCGAUCUUGUGGAGUUUUACCAAAGAAACCGGCUUGCUUCCGUGGAACAUCUGGGUCAAGCCUGUAUCAGGGCUCAACCUAAGCCUCAGGAUCUUUGCCACUCCACAGUGGAUGAAUGGGAGCUCCCAAAGGAGGAGUUUGCCCUGGAGCAGAGACUGGGCACGGGCUUCUUCGCCGAUGUCUACCAGGGCAAAUGGAAAAACCGCAUAAGCGUUGCUAUUAAGAUCAUCAGGAACAAUGAGCACCUGAGUGAGCAGGAGUUCCACAGGGAGGUUCAGAUCCUGAAGAGGCUGCGGCAUCGGCACCUGAUCUCCCUGUUUGCCAUCUGCACCUCCUCAGAGCCCUACUACAUCAUCACCGAGCUCAUGGAGAAAGGCAACCUGCUCGAAUUCCUCAGAGGCCAAGAGGGGUCCUCUGUGGACCGCUUGUGCCUGGUGGACAUGGCUGCCCAGGUGGCUGAUGGGAUGAGCUACCUGGAGUCUCAGAACAGCAUCCACAGAGAUCUGGCCGCCCGCAACGUCCUGGUGGGGGAGAACUACAUCUGCAAAGUGGCCGACUUUGGCCUGGCUCGCAUCCUCAAGGAGCCCUUCUAUGAGUCCAGUGACAAGAAGAUCCCAUAUAAGUGGUGCGCCCCAGAGGCCAUCAGCCAUGGACGCUUCUCCAGCAAAUCUGACAUCUGGUCGUUUGGCAUCCUGCUCUACGAGAUCAUCACUUAUGGAGGCGUUCCUUAUCCUGGUUUUAACACCAAUGAAGUAUACAGCCACGUCAUGGACGGCUAUCGGAUGGCUUCACCACCAAACUGCCCAAAGUUUAUAUACGACCUCAUGCUCUCUUGCUGGAGCAUCAAGCCAGAUGACCGUCCAAGUUUCAGCGAUCUCACACCAGCGCUUGAGAACAUAAACCGCUAUGAGCUGACAUGAUCAACACUUGUGAGCGCUACACCCUGUCAUCACCACUAGAGGGAAGCAAACUGGACACAGCCUAGGCACAGCCUCGCCUCAGUACCAGAAAAUGUUGUGGUGGUAUGCUUUUAAAAAAGCAGAAGCAAGCACCAACCAAGGUUUAUGUGCUUCAGACAUACUUCCUCUCUGUGCCUGCACGUUUUGGCCACAUAUGUUCAUGAUGUCACUUGGCUUGAGAUGUCUCUUGGUCUACCAGUAGCCUAGAGAUUCCUGUUCUGUAUUGAUGUCAAGGCAGAUUUGGAGAAUCUGGGACCUUUCAUGGUGUUCCAGUUACACUUAACUUGUGUUUACAAACUGCCAGGAGUAUUUUUUUUAUUUUCUAUUUUUGAGUCUAUUGAGAGUAUUGUCCUUAAUUGAACAUUAUGGAGUUGUGAGGGAUGUUGACGUCUCAUUUUUACAUCAGCAAAGGUUAUUGCUGUGGAGCAGUUCAUUGUACUGGAAAUCUAUAUGAUAUUGCUAGCAAUAGCCACCAGAUGGCACUGGAAAAGCACAUGUAUAAUUGUGGAGCAGAAUCUCUCUGAGAUGGUUAUGAAAUAGAUUUUUAAAAACAUGUUUUAAGUUUUUAAAGCCUGUAAGACCUUUAAAAUAAAAAAAUAAAAGAUUUGUUUUUACACUCACCACAAGUUUGAUUAAAAAUGUUUGUGUCAAAUUGAAUAUGGACUG